AGAAAAUAAGAGGAAAAUCCUUAAAGAUAAACUGUGAACUGCGAAAAUUCACCUCGAUCAGGUGACCUUUCCCUGGAGAAUUCCGCGACAGGAAAAGUGUGGUGUCCCCCGCACAGAAAACCCUGGAGCAAAAGUUUCGAUCCGGUGAUGUGUUACGUAUUGUGUUACUUCUAGUGAGUGUUUAGUUUGUGACAAGUGCGAAGGUGGCGUUAUGUGGGGAGGAAAAUCGAAUGAAAAUGUAGGUUAAUGUGAACCAGAAGAAAAGCUGCAGUAAUAAUCAUAAUAAAGGAAAACAAGUUGGAAAAAAAUAGAAAAGGUGCGCUACGACGAAAAUUAUAAUCAAAUUAGGGGAAAACAAAAAGGAAAACGACUGCCAGCCGGUGACGUCAGUUUAUUUUUUCGACGUGGAGUACAAGAAAAACAUCAGCGCAGCGAAAAAAAAAGGAGCCGAGGAAAGUUUCAUCCACGAACGAACAAAAAGGUUCCUCCGGUGUUCAACGGCGCGUUCAACAGUCGAAAAUUGGUCCAAUUGUUGCUGCUAGGACGGGUUUGAACGACCCAAACCACCCAAAACCGGAAUGUAUCUGGGCUGGGCGUACGACGGGGUCAACGCUUCCGUGCCCCGGAACACCGGUCCGGAAUGUGCCGGCUUCCUGACGCCGAGUCAGAAGCUGGUGGAGAGUAUGAUCCUACUCCCCCUAGCGGCGAUCGCCUUCAAACUGGCCAUCGCCCGGCUCAAACCGAUCACGUUCCGGCGGAACACCCCGUUCAUCUCCACUCCAAACCUCCAGCCCGGAACGGGCGGGGGCACGUUGGGGUUCCGCAGCAGUAGCAUCAGCCACCUGGCCAGCAGUAGCAAUCACAACCUGCAGCAUCACUACCAACGGGUAGGACCCAGCGGGCACCACCUGGAACCGGACCACCGGGAGUUGCUGCUGCAGCAGCACCACCACCGGCGAUCCUCCUCGGUGGAGUACUGCAGCUGUCACCGGUGUGCCGCCAGCCAUCACCCUGUGGCGGCCAACUCGGCGGCCCUGGACGGGGAAGCACCCAGCUGGGCCAAGCAAGCACUGCUCAUCACCAUGACCCUGACGAUCGGCGUCGAACUAGGCUUUAAGUUUGCAACUAGGACUGUUAUCUACAUUUUAAAUCCUUGCCACAUCACCACCAUGUUACAGAUCUACCUGCUGGCCUGUAACAAGCCGAAGAAGAGCACCACGGCUCUCUUCCGGAUACAGAUGAUGUACCUGAACGGGCCGCUGCUGGCGUUCAUGUUCCCCGAGACGGACAGCCGGCAGCUGCCGCUGGAGGCCGCCAUCUACUGGAUUCAGCACGCGCUGAUGGUCAUCAUACCGAUCUAUCUGCUGCGGACGGGAGGUGUCUACAACAUGGAGGCCGUGAACGACUACACCUGGAAUACGAUCGCCUACUCGGCGAGCAUUUUCUACCACUUUGUCUUUCUGCAGAUCGUGGCUAUCCCCACCCAGGUCAACCUGAACCACAUGCUCUGCCCGGCGAUCAAGGACCCGUUCGAGGGUCCCCACUACCGUGCCAUCGCCGUCACGCACGAGGCCGUCCUGAGCACGCUGCUGUGCAAGCUGGUCACGGUUCUGUUCAGUCCGCUGCCCCCGCCCAUCAUCACCAAUCCGCCUUUCAUCAAAAAUGGUGGCGGCGGGGCGGGUGGAUCCAGCGUGUCGGACUCGCCAUCGGCCAGCAAUAUCGCGACGACGUCCCCGCUGGUGACGAGCGGAACGUCCGGCGGUCACUACAUUUCCCGACCCUCGUCACGGCCCUCGUCCCGGUCGUCGUCGCCGGCGAAAUCCGUUACGAUGCAGGAGAACAACAUCAUCAUCAAAACCAGCAAGAUUGACUAGUGGCCCGCGGCGGAAGCGAACCUGCGAACCUGACUGUGGACCAUCUUCUUGGCGGAGAGGGGAGUUGUUACGGGCGGUGGGAGAGAUGUGUAGAUAUACGCGAUCGUUUUAUCAUCCUGAAGAAUCCCUACUGCGAAUUUUAAGAUAAUCCCAACCAACACUUUUUCCCUUCACAAACUAUCAAACUCACUGCAAACAAAGAAAAACAAAGCUUCAAAUUGAACUACCAGCAAAAUACCACAAUACUCAACUAAACUGAGCUGAUAAUUUAGCGACGUGAGGGCGAACGACGAAGUGAAAUUUAAAAAAAACUUGUUGAUUGCCUUUUUACUGUAAUAAAUUAACGAACAAAAAAAUACCAUUAAACACUUGAAUUUGAAAAUAAACCAAAAAACACAUUCACACACACUGUAGCCAUAAAGUAGAUUUUAAAAAGAGAGCGACUGUAGGAACGUUUCAACAUUUCAAUAAUUCUUAAAAGUACCAGCAAUGGAGAUAAAUAAAAAAAACACAUCAAAAUAAACUCACAUACAGCUUAAGUGCAAGCAAACAAAUAAAAGAAAAAUCGAUUACCUAGAGUUAAAAAAGGAAAGGAAAAGCAAACGCAAGAAAGGUUAGGACAAGCAGUCAACAGCAAAAAAAAGAAGCCAGAAUCAGAUCUGUGUUUUGUGAUAUAUCAAUCAUUACCUAUUUGCGCAGCGCGGACUCCCCCCAAAACAAACCGACCGACGAGGGAAAAUAAGCAUUUUUAACCCCACUUUUUCUCACUCUCUUGCAGUUCCAAGUAAGUAGAUAAUUUUCCUCCUUCCCCUUCCCGUUUGUUGUUCAGUAGGAAGAAGAAGAAAAAAAAAACAAGAUUGUGAUAGCAUUAAGAGGUGAGCGGUUCCGAUCGGUGAUUGUUCAAUUAUUUCCGUCGGAGCGAAAAUUGAAAAAUACGGGAGCGAAACGUGUGCGAUUCUAGGUUAUAACGAGUGACAACUGUAGUUCCUUGAUUGGUUUUGUGUUAAUAAAAUCAAUUUGAUUAGUUAAUGAUAAUUUUUACUUUUUAUUAUAUUUUUUUAAAGCUUAUUUUCCCAGUUCAAAGGCUUGUUAAAGAAUUCCUUUUGUUUUUUUAAUGUUUUCACUUAGAACUAUUGAUCAUUUCUCCACCAAAACCGGAAAUGGAUUUUAUUUGUAUUUUUUUAUGUGGCUCAAACUUUGUGGGGGCCUUUCCUACGCCCAAAGAAGCCAUUUGUGUUAUUGGUUCAGUCAUACAAUUUUGGCAGCUGUCCAUACAAAAAAGGUACGUAAAUAUCCGAAAAUCUGUAUCUUGUGAAGGAAUUUUCUGAUCGCAUUGAUGUCUUCGGCAAAAUUGUAGUUACUAAUGAAGACUAUUCAGAAAAUAAAUAUUACACGGAACAAAAAAUUGCCGAUUAACUUUUUUUUAAACUCAUGUUAAUAAAAUAUACAUAUAUAAGUGGGAACAAACAUUUUGCCGCUAAAUUAUGUUUUUGAAAAAAAAAAGUUUUUUGGAAAAAUAUAAAUUCUAACUCGUUAUUUUUAAUUUUUUACUUAAUUUUUUUUCUGAUCGGUUUUGUGUCUUUGGCAAAGUUGUAGGUAUUGAUGAGGGCUGUUCAGAAAAAGAAAACAAACCGGAAAUAUUCCGGUUUUAAAUUUUUCUAUUUUUUUUUCUCAGAUUCAAUUUUUUUUAAUUUUGGAAAAAUUUAAAUUUUGCUUGAAAAAAAUAUUGUUUGACAAAAUUUACAAUCGAAAGGUAUUUUUUGCAAUUCCGUCGUGAAACUACUUACUUUUCCUGUCAUUCUUGAACGACGAAAUAGCCUACUUUUCUGUACCAAAAAUAACAGAAUCGAAUAGCAACAUUAUUCAAAAUAAAUGCUGAAAAGUUCUACUUUUCAGCACUCAAAUGGGUGCUGAAAAGUUAAACUUUUCAGCACUUGUUUCGAAAAGUAACACUUUUCAACAUUUUUUUUUAUUUAAACGAUUUAUUGACAAAAUACAUGAAAAUUUGACAUAAAAUUUCACUCAGUGUGUGUUUUUUGAAAUUGCAUAAAAUGUUGUAUGGAACUCGUUGCAAAACUUGAUUUUUUCAGCACUCUUCGUAUUUAUCCAACGAGGUUCACCGAGGUUCACCUCGUUUGAUAAAUGUACGACUCGUGCUGAAAAAAUCCUCUUUUUGCAAUUUGUUGCAUAAACUACUAUAAACGAUUUCUUUUAUACAAUGCACCUUUUCCAAUACUGAGAUACUUAAAGUUUAAUAAGUUUAAUUCUAGCUUUUUAGAUUUUUUAAAAUAGUGUUCAUGAGUACUGGAAAAAAAAUUCGAAAGGUUGGGAAAAUUUCCACUAACAAAUUGCUUAAGAGACAAUCAAGGUUGGACCUCUGGUUUCUGAAAUACAUCGGAGAGAAGAAAAAGAAACGAUAAAAUUGAGCUGUUUGAAGUAUCAGCCAAACAGCCAUGUAACGUCAAAUCAAAAAAUAAAAUGCAAUUUAGGAUGGAUGAAAAUUUGAUGGUUAAUUAUUACCUUUUUUAUGUAAUUAUGUUUUAAUUUAUUUUAAAAAUACAGCUACAGUUUAGAAUUCAUUUUUUUAUAAAAUUGCCACAUUUCUAAAGAAAUAUAACACUUUUUUCUGUUACAAAAUAUGUCUUCAUAUUACAAUGAUUAUUUUACUGUGAAUAAGGGAAAUAAAUAAUUCUACGUUAAAAAUCUCCCUCAUAAUUUAAAUGAUUUAGAUUUAGAAAUAUAUAUCUUUCAUCAGUUUUAAGAUCUCGUGUUUAAAUUUAAAACCUGAAAAAACACAAUAUGAUAAUAUUACAUAGAUCUGGAAUGUUGAACAAUUUUAUUGUGUGUAAAUUUACAUAUUUCUACGUGUAAUUUUACUUAUUCCACAAGUUAAAUCAAAAAAGGGGUAAUAUUAAACUAUUCAAAUUUUCUAUUUUCCAAAAUAACACUUUUUUUAACUUCAAAAGUCGGAAAGGACAAAAGCUCGAAAGACAAAAAAUCGAAUGGACAAAAGGUCCAAAGUAUUUAUGAAUAAUACUAUAAAAAUCAUUUUUUUCUGAAGCAUUUUUGUGAAUUCAAAGAUGUAAAGUAUGAACAUAUUUCUAUGAAUUUUAUGAUAUUUUGCUUCAGUAACAAUAUUGUGAUUUUUUUCAUUUUAUUUUUGUUUUCAAAAAAAGCAGUGUUUUGAAAAAAAAAUGAAACAAUAAUCCAAAUUUAACCUAGUAUUCAAUGCAACAAGAUUUUUAGGCACGAUUCUUCCGAGUUGGAUAAAUAUUACGAGUGCUGAAAAAAAAACAGUUUGGUGUUGCAUAUACAAAACUUUUUGCAACUUUGAAAAAAAACCUUUAAAAAUUAUACUUCAGGGAACUUCAGUGUAUCUCCACUUCAAUUUGGCAUCCGUGUGUUUAAUUCGUUAAAAAAAACAUUUUUAAUCAACUCAAAAACAAAACAGUGUCGAAAAACAUUGUUUUUCAAUACAUAUGCUGGAAAGUCGAAACUUUCAGAGCACAAACGAAUGCUAUAAUGAACUAUGCAGUUCAUACUUACAUGGACACGAUUUUUAAGUGAAUGUUAUACAUAUACUUUAUCAAAACAAAGUUCAGUAAUUUUUUAUUGCAAAUAUGAUUUUUUUUUGUAUUUCCGUUGCAAAACAACUUAUUUGUCUUUCUCGAAUGACGAAAGGCAAAUUUUUCACUGUCCAAAAUAAAAUUAUUGAAAAGAACUUAUCAGUAUCCAUUUAAGUGCUAAAAUGUUCAACUUUAUACUAUUUGUACCAAAAAGUGAUAAAAAAAAUCAGAGUUCCUUCUCAAGAUACAGAAAAAAGCUGCCAGGAAUAAAAUAUUUUUUAUAUAUAAAUCAGCUGAUUUCGAGUUUUAUUUUACUAUUUUGUUUCUAUUUAAUAAUAAUUUUGGAAUAUUGGUCGAUUGUUCUUAAAUAAAACAUUCAAAUUAUUUUAAAUACUUAAUUAAAAUUGUAUCAUCCAAAAUAAAGCUUGUUUAAACAAAAACAAAAAUUGUUACCAAAUUAAAAAAAAUUGAAAUGAUUUCCGAUGUUUUCAGAGAGCAGUGAAAUACUUUUUAAUGUUGCUACUUUAGUAGAUUUUUGCUUUGUUUUUUGUUUUAAUUUAUUUAUUCGAACAUUAUGUUUACUUUUAAUUUUUUUUUAGUUUUUUUACGUAUUCAAGACAAAAAUCUGUACAACAUUCUUUUAAUUUAUCUUCUUAUUUAAUCAAUAUCAAAGAAGCUCACAAAACACAAUAAGGUCCCUUAACUUAUGGGCCAAAAGGCCAUGUUACAUGAAACGGGAAAAAAAUCUUUCGAAAUAACAGUUCAUUACAUUGACAAUUUCAAAUCAUUUUACGCGAGUGAGAGUAGUGCAAACAGUAGUUGAACCUUGUUUAGAAGGAAUCAGUUAGACAAAUAAAAAACCCAAAAAGUAGCAACAAGAUAACAAACAACUAUAUUUGAAACCACUUUUAACUUUCUUGAUCAAAGUUCUUCUCAAAUUUAUAAGUUAGAUUAGUUAACAUUUUAAGAAAACCACAAAACGGGAAAGCUAUUAGCCAAACUCAAAUCGGCAAUCUUUAGGUUUUAGAGCAGCAUUCCACUGUAUAUCCUAACAAAGAGAGAAAAAAAACAAUCACAAAGUGUGCAACACUUGGGUCAAGACGCUCAUACACACUAAAUUGAAAACACCCCGAAAUCACAGAGAAAAAAAAAUAUGCUCGGCAAUGGAAAACACGAUCAAUUCAGUGUGCCUUCAAGUGAGAAUAAUAAAAUCGGUAUUACUAAAAGAACGACGACGACGUCGUCGUCGUCGUGUAUGCUUAUUACAAAAAUUUCGAGUGCGUAGCUUAGCUAAACCUCACCUCGUUGAGUUUCGCUUUUUUAUAUAUAACCUUCAACCUAAUAAAUUAUUCCUAACCAAGAACACAAACAAGCGUUUAA